AUGGCGGAUGGUUUCAGCAAAACCGUAGCAUUUCUAGCAACUUACUGCGAAGAGCUCGUGCAGUUGCAGAAACCAACUUUGGAAUCGUUGCUACAUUGGCGGCAGAGCAGCCAGAGCUAUUGGAGGACUGGGAAUUUGUUCUUUCUGCCAUGUCGAGAUUGGAUGCGGAUGCCGGAUGCUUUUCUGUCCUGCAUGGACAGUUUCUUUGACCGCGGUCAUCAUUUUUUGUUGCAAAAGGCUGCAACCAUUCCGCAGCUUGGAGCCAAAACCUUCCGGGGUGUGCUACGCAGCAGAGAGGUGAAAAGCAAUCCCAUGGCCGUUUUCAUUUUGCUUUUAUUGGAGCGCUAUGCACCAGAGCACAAGGAAAGCAUUGCGAUGUGGGAAGCCGAAGUGUGUCGGAUCGGUGCAGAAGCCCAACAAAGAGCUAGCCGGACUUGUGCGCAAGCACUUGCGAGGGCGCAAGAAUUUUUCGCAAAGUUUGCAGCUGAAAUUGUGCAGCUGCAAAAGCAGAACUUGAGGGAUGUGGUCAUGAGAAAUCAGGCAAAGAGCUACGUAGAGUGGAUGCAAGCCAAAAACUUUUUUCCGGGAAGCUGUGAAAAAAUAGGAGCUAAGAACUUACAGCUUGCUCACUCACAAUUUCCGAUGUCGACUUUUGCCCGGGUAGUUUUGGAACGCUACAGUGACGAACUGGCACCAGAGCAAAUUGAAGCCAUGGCCGUGUGGGAAGAAAAGCUAUGCAAAGUGAGCGCAGCAGAUGGUGAAGCAGCGAGUGCGCGUCGUGCGGCAGCAUUGGUUUGUGUACAAGAAUUUUUUGCAACGCUUGCAGAUGAAAUUGCGGAGCUGCAAAAGAAGAACUUCCGGGAAGUUGUCAUGAGCAAUCAAGCACAUAGCUAUGCAGAGUGGGUGGAUGCGGGCCCAAAACUUUUUUGUUCGGAGGCUGAUUUGAAGAUGCUUGGCGCCAGCAACGUGGAGCAGCUAUUCAGUGGUCACAACAGGAAAACAGACGAAGAUUUACGAUUUGGUAUUCGGCGGCAUUGGGGUCAGUUAGCGCAGGCAGACCAAGAACAAGUCAAAGCGGCCUUAGAGCCGCUGGUGCAGAAGGUGGAGCAAAUGCCGGUGAAGAUUGUUCACGAAGGCUGGUUUGGCAUUGCAGCAGGCCGCAGCAAAAGUCGCCUACCCGGUGGCCUUGAAAGCCCAGCUUUCCAGAAGGCCAACUCUUGCCGAGCUCCUGAAAAGCAUUGGCUGGAGCCCGGCCGACCGAUUUCUGAAAACUGUUUGCAUGAGGCGAAGGAACGUGCCAAGGCACAGCUGCCGAAGGAACCUUUUCGGUUGACUGCUGCAAUCAUGCAGGCCCAGGAGACAGCUUGCCAGAGACAGACGCCUUGA